AUGAACGGGCAGGACGUUCCAGUUCACGUGCACCCUUUGGAUGGAUAUCUAGUUUCACGCUGGUUUAAUACAACGGACGGAUUGAAAGAGAUCACUGAUUAUGUGACCGACCUUUUCAAUAUUGAUGUAUCAGAAGUCUGUGUAUUUAAAGAUGCAAUCAAAAUGAUUGAAUGGGUGAACAGUAGACAAAAGACACCAUUGAAAAAAGUGGUUGCCUGGAUUGCUUGCCCAGCAGAAAAUAAAAUUAAAUACCUCAUGAGGGGCUGCACAACUUUAUCUGAAAUAAGCAUUCUCUCAAAGGCUCCACCCAAUUUCCGCAUAUUGGGAAAUUUCCGAAGAAUCGAUUCCCUAGAUAUCUUGCAUGGACAAUGGGUGACAAUCGAUAACCUAUUAACAAUGGAUGGAAUUGAUAUUAUUCUGAAAUCAUCUACUCUGACUAGUACUAAUUUGAAUGUUUUUCUAAAGCACUGGCUAUUUGGAGGGUGUCCUCGAUUGAAACUAUUCUGCGCUAGAAUUGGUUCUCUGGAUAUCUUACAGGUACUUGAUGGUUUACUGCAUAAUGCCGUUUUUGUGGAGGAUUGUCGUAACUACACCAGCCCAUUUGGAUACAACAUAACCUUGACAUCUGGAUUCGAUAUACGACGUGCGGAUGGUGUGACUGCUACUGUAUGCCAUCAGCAGACUGGAAAGUUGGUCAUUGCAGUUUGGCCAGAGACCACUAUUAAUGAUAAUUAA